AUGGCGUCUUCGUCGCGAGCUUUAAGCAAGCUCGCAGUGCCCUCAUCGGGUGCUGCGUCGCUCAAGCUUUCCGCAGCUGGCCCCCGGCUACUCCUCCAGUCACCGCGACGGACAAUUGGCGCCAGACCGGCAUUUGGCAGCAUACAAGGGCCAGUCACCCAACAGUUUCGGCGCGGCUUUGCUGACGGCGAUGCUCGGGUGCCCCCGCCGCCGCCCAAGAAGCCGCGCUUCCGUAAGUUGAGGUGGGCUUGGCGACUGGGAUAUAUCUCGGCCAUCGCCGGCGUCGCAUACCUUGGGUACGGCGUCUAUCUUGACAGGCACCCGGAGCCCCAGGUGGAGCCUGAUCCGUCCAAGAAGACUCUGGUUAUUCUAGGAACCGGCUGGGGCUCCGUCUCCCUGCUAAAGCGCCUUGACACCGAAAACUACAAUGUCAUCGUCAUAUCGCCGCGCAACUACUUCCUCUUCACGCCCCUACUUCCGUCAUGCACAACCGGCACCAUUGAGCACCGGUCCAUAAUGGAGCCCGUGCGGACAAUACUCCGCCAGAAGAAGGCAAGCGUAAAAUUCUACGAGGCCGAGGCUAGCUCCAUCGAUCCCGAACGCAAGGUGGUACGUAUCUUUGACAACUCGGAAAUCCGGGGUGACAUAACCGAAACCGAGGUCCCCUACGACAUGCUUGUGAUCGGUGUGGGUGCCGAGAACGCCACCUUUGGGAUUCCCGGCGUUCGCGAACACUCUUGCUUCCUGAAGGAAAUUGGCGACGCACAAAAGAUCCGAAAGAGGAUCAUGGACUGUGUCGAGACGGCGGCCUUCAAGGACCAGCCACCUGAGGAGAUCGACCGUCUCAUGCACAUGGUUGUGGUUGGUGGUGGCCCGACGGGUGUAGAAUUCGCCGGCGAGCUCCAAGACUUCUUCCAGGAGGACAUCAAAAAGCUGGUUCCCGAGAUUAGCGACCGCUUCCGUGUGACCCUGAUUGAGGCGCUCCCCAGCGUGCUCCCCAGCUUCUCCAAGCAGCUUAUCGAGUACACAGAAAGCACCUUCAAGGAGGAGAAGAUCAACAUCCAUACCAAAACCAUGGUCAAGAAGGUCACAGACAAGACGGUAGAGGCCGAAGUUACGGGACCUGACGGCAAGAAGGAGACGGUUGUCUUCCCCUACGGCCUCCUCGUUUGGGCCACCGGCAACGCUGUGCGCCCCGUCAUCAAGGAUCUCAUGUCACGCAUCCCGGCACAGAAGAACUCGCGUCGUGGCCUGGCCGUCAACGAAUACCUCGUCGUCCAGGGAACGCGCGAUAUUUGGGCGUUGGGCGACUGCGCCGUAGCCGGGUAUGCGCCGACAGCCCAGGUGGCCAGCCAGGAGGGUACCUUCCUGGCUCGCCUGUUCAACAACAUGGCCAAGACCGAGGCGCUCGAAGAGAAAAUCAGGGAGCUCAGCUCGUCCCUGAAUCUUCAGCCCGGCAAUUCGGCCGAGAUUUCGCGCGAAAUUGCCCAAUACGAACGCCAGUUGAAGCGCAUCAAGGACGUCAAGCCUUUCCAAUACAGCCACCAGGGCAGCCUCGCCUACAUUGGCAGCGAGAAGGCGGUUGCCGACGUAACGUGGUUCAACGGCAACGUGGCAGCUGCUGGCAGCCUGACCUUUUUGUUCUGGAGGAGCGCCUACAUCAGCAUGUGUUUCAGCACGCGGAACCGGCUCCUCGUCAUCAAUGACUGGCUCAAGUCCAAGGUCUUUGGCCGCGACCUCUCCCGAGAGUAG